AUGUUCAGCGCACUCAAAGGACUUUUCAAGGAAGCUGGCGUCAAGGACGUAAUCACCUUGUUCCACUCGCCCAAGUCGCCUGCCUCGAUCCGCGUCCACACUCUGCUCAAGCAGACUGCCGGUGCUGCCCAAUCUACCGCCACUAUCGACCAAGCUUCUUCCCAUCCUCAGCAAUCCAAGAUUGAGAGAACCGACUUCGAACUCGACGUUCAAGAAGGAAUCCCAACAAACGAUCAACUUACGAACAUCUUCGAGUACCUUGGCCAAGACAAGAUUGGAAGCGUUGUCGAUGGCGCCUCAACUCCCACCGAAGCUUUGAGAAAGCUCAAGGAGAACGGAAGUCUUUUCCAGAGACCGCUCGUGGUGGAUUGGGGCAACGGACGUGCUGUAAGCGGAGACAACGAGUCUGAGAUUAUGAAGCUGCUACAAACCCCUCCCAAGGCCUAA